AUGGCCGAAAUAUUCCCCUCCCUCCAGCGAACCUACCUCGUCCUCUACAACUGGACCCUCUUCCUCGGCGGGUCCCAGGUCCCCAACAUCGCGGCCACUGCCCUCAUCACCACCAGCCACCGCUCUGUCUAUGCCGCCGUCGAAAACCCCCUCCUCCUCGCCCAAUCCGCCACGCUCUCAGAGAUCCUCCACAGCCUGACCGGAAUCGUCAGAUCUCCGGUCGCUUCCACCCUUUCCGAACUGGUCGAUUGUGGAGAUUAUCCGCUACUCGGUCUUCUGGUUCAAGGAGGCAUCCGCACACGCGCCACCCGGGCUGGUAUGGCUAAGGUACAACACGUUUCCGAUGUUGUACCCUCUGGUGAUUGGUAG